GCUCAAGCUCCCCAUCCGGUCCCCCGCCCUUCCUCUCACAUCGCCGUUUUGUGCACCAUGUCCCCACAAACACAGGCAGUCGUGCGGCCGCCCCAGCCGUCCGACACAUGGACGUUUUCGCUGGCCUUGCAGCUCUUGAAGAGCUCGCCCGAGCACGCCGCGAGCAAUGGCUUGGACGACUUUUUGGCCCACAACAAGGACGCCGUGCUCCUGCCGGUGCCCUUCGCCCCUGCGGCCACAAACGCGGGCGGGCCACAAAAAGACCUCGAUGCUGCAAAAACAGACUUUUCCUUGCGCGGCGUGCGGUUCGCCGGCGUCACGCCCCAGGCCGUGCGCGCGGCCCAGACCCUCUCUUCCACGUUGGCCAUGGACGCGCACGACGCGUUGCGGAUCGUGCUCCAGACCGACCGGCGCAGCCCGCAGCCGGCCCCGGGCGACCACCGCGUCAGCCGCUUGCUCUUCGGCGCGCCGGCGCCGGGGCCCGCGGCGCAGUCCAGGCGCCCAUCCUCGGCCCCAGCCGCGGGCCUGGACCGCAUGCUUCUAUACACAAAGGCCGUGUUGCAGGAGCGCAGAACCGUCCUCCGCAUAGCCGCGGAGUGCCUCAACUUGCGCCACGCAGACCGCGCGUCGCCCGUGGCGCGCAACUUGGGGAAGUCGCUUGUGGCGAGCGCCGACUACUUGCUCGACGCGGUGGCAGGCCUCGGCACGCUCGUGGACCUUGCCACGGGGCCGCCCGCCGGCGCGGCGCACGGGCGCUUGCUCCGCAUGGAGCUGCUCCUGCACAUGGCGCAGCUUCUCCUGCUUGUGUUCGACGUCUUGUUGUCGUGUGCCGAAGUCCCGCCCCGGUUUGCGGGCGCGUGGUUUGCCCUCAUGGACAGAACCGCGUUUGCGCUCGCGUUGGUGCCCUGCGCGGCCAGCAAGGACGCGUUUUCCGUGCUUCACGGCCUCGUCACCGUCGUCUCGCUCCAGCUCUUGGACUUGCCGCUGCCCGACCCCACCCACUUGGCCGACCCCGCCGUCUUUGCGCAGAUCAACGCCUUGAUGCUCACGCUGAGCCCGAACAACAUCCUCGCGUACGCGUGGCUCAUACGGCUCCACCGAAAAGCGAUUUUGCUCGAGGCGUUCCCGCAGUCGCACGAAGCUUUUCUCCUGGUGGUGCCCCUCCAAAACACCCUCAGCGACGUGGCCACGCUCCAGGCCUCGUUGCAGCACGCGCCGGUCUUCCUGGAGAUCGUGCAGCUCAACAAGGUCUUGGGCUUCGACAAUGUGUUCGCCGUCAUCUUGACCGACAUGAUCCUCGCGGCCAUUCCGCUCGUCCAAGCCACAGAGAAUAUACUGGCCUGUAUCAGCGAGGUCUUGAGCUCCGCGCCCAACCCCUCGGUAGAAAAGUUCUUCGACAAUGACGAGGCCCGUCGGUUGAUCGUUUUGGCCAGGGCCAAGUUCCCCGUCUCCUUGAGCCCCUACCUCAAGCUAGCUUGCAUCAACGGCAAGUUCGCGUUGCACGAGCUCGAGGAGCUUUCCUGCUACAUGUCCGUUUUUGACAACGCCGACUUGACCUCGCUCCACGAAAUCGACUCGGAGAACACCGACUUGGUGCGGCUCACCAAGCCCGUGGACGUGUUUCUUCCUUUCGAGCCCGCAAACAAAUUGUCCCUCGUGCUCAAAGUGGGCACGAAGGCCAAGAUCUUCCCCGCGGCCCAGGACAAACUGCUUGUCACGUUCUUGCACAAAUACAAUGGCUGGGCGCUCUUGGGACGCGUCUUGGAGAACAUCUCAAAGUUCUCCGAUCAAUCGGAACUAGAGAAAACCAGGGCUCUAGAAAGUAUUCUUGAUGUGUUGAUCCGCACCACUGCUGAGGAUCCGCCCAGCACAUGUGCCGUCUUGGAAUACAUGUCCACGCAUACUGACGAUAGCGACAUCGUUGAUGUGCUCUUCCGUGUCUUUGAACAAAGCAUGCACAACCGAAACGUCGUCUUGCUGACGAAGCUGCUCCGGUUACUCUCCAGCCUAAUGCCAGUCAUCCCUGCCCGAAUCUGGCCCUAUCUCUCCAGAUCAUCACUUCUAUCAAAUAAAGGAAAGGAGGGAUUCCUGUCAAUCCUAUUCGGCUCCAUCGAGACGGUCCUGGGGGAGUACCUAUUUACAAGUGCAUUGGUGAAGUUUGUGUUCUGUCUUGCCGACAACUGUUUGUCGGUGACGAAGGACUAUUCAGAGGAAGCGAAGAGUGACAUUUUCACAAAGUUCAUCGAACACAUUAUUCAAGUGUUCGAGAACUACGAAAACUGCAAAUUCAAUGACAGCUUCCAGAAAUUCGAAUUGGGUGUUCUCAUCUUGGAUGUCUUUUCACAAACUUUGAAUACCGUUUAUUCAGUGAGUCCUCAUCUUAAAAUUGACGAAAAACCCACAAAGGUUUUUGCCAAAGCUUCUCAAAAAAUUCUAGACACUUUCCUCACAACCACACCCAGCUUUGCUCGCUCCUCCAUUUCUAUAAUCGACUUGAUUGACUCUCUUUCUUCACCGUCUGAUUCUUUCGAUGCCCAAGACAUCUCAGGCUUUCUUGGUGAUGUAUGGAUUCACUCGGUGUUCUCUUUUGCUAGGCUUUUGGUAAACAUCAGAAGCUCAAUCAAUGCACUCCCAAGUAAGCUCGAGGAGUCCUUGUUCUCUAGAUUACCUCAGCUUGUCACCAUUUACAGCGAAGGUGGGCCCCUCAGAAAAGUUAUUCUCGACUUGCUUACAGCUCUUACAAGUGGGAAAUGGGAGUCUGAAAAGAUGCCUUCCAUCUUAUCUCAUCUUGGCCAGGAUCAUUCACGCAUUCUUUUGCACUCUUUGGCUACGGACUUGGAGUCUACAUUCGAUGAAUACAACAUAAAGAUAUCCAUCUAUGAUUUCCUUUGCUCUAUAAUGGAAGCCAAUCAGCAGGGUCUUGCAGUGUUAUUCAUCAGUGGAAGGGAUGUUUUUGGAGAGUUCUCUGAUGCCAAGGACGGCAAAACAGGCACUAAAACCAUAUCUCUAUUGUCCGUCAUGAAGAAGAAUAUCCAGGAUGUGAAGUCAUACCCCGCGGCUGUGACUGUACAUCUCUUAGAUGCUAUUUCGUUGGCUUUCAAUUCAUGGACUACAGCUAGAAAUGAAGACAGCGAUAUUGUGUUUGUUAAGGAAUUGGUGUCGUUGCUCGAGAACUUCGAGAAGAAUCACGAUGAAAAGACCGCGCCUGAAAUGAUUCUCUCGUCUUACGAUUGCAAGGUUUAUUCAAAAAUCACUGAAAUUAUAUCCUUGGUGCUUUUCACUACGAAGAAUGAAAAGUGUAUCGAGUUAAUUCGAGGAUUGUUAUCAAGCAGCGCGUUCAUUGAGAAACUACCAGGAUUCUUUACCAUUUCAGGAUACGAAGUAUCGCUUUAUGAAAACGUGAAAACUAGAUUCAACACGGUCUUUGAAAACCACCAGUUGACAGACUUUGCAGUCGCUCUCAAGAAGCGAAACAGAUUUGGUCCUGGAAUGGUUUAUGAUCUCCUCUUGCUCGACUCGUUCUUCCAGGAAAGCCCUGAGUGGAGCAAAAUCAGAGAAGAGAUAAUCUACUUGAGUGCUAACAUGCAAUACUACAACGCUCAAAUUUCCUUGUGCAAGUCGAUGGGAGCACUCAUGACCACAUUCUGUCGUCGGUUACCAACCUCUGUCCCUACACAGUAUUCCAAGGUGGUGCACAAGCUACUUGCUAUAAGGGAACCACGGGAUAACUAUUCAGAAUUGUUAUGCUCACAGCAAUAUUAUGAACGUAUAGAGCUCGCCUUUUUGAUGCUUUACACACUGAAUGACACGAAGGAUGGCCGAAAAGAACUUGUUUCUUUCUCCAUUUCUAUCAUAGAGGAAUGCAGCGACUUGAUGAACAACCCCAAUGUGGGCUACUUGAGUAGUAACAAAGCAGACUUUUCCUACAGAUCAUUGUUGAGGAUAGUCUACAUCGCACUUGCAAAUCUCAAAUCCGACUUUCAAGCUGUCAACACCCGGGUUCAACCCAUUUUGAGACUUUUCGAGUACGUCAUUGCCAAGGGCACCACAAGUAUCAUUAUUGAGCUUCAAAAUGAUGUCUACCUUGCCCGUACAAAUAAAAAUCACAAACCUGUGAAUCUUGGGGCCAGAUUGGAUGAUUUGAAAUUGAUUCUUUCUGUUUUAAAAGUUUUUGUCGAGCUAGGAAUCAGUGGCUCUUUGCAAGCUGAGUUUGCUGCUACCCUAACAAGACACAACACAGUGGGCUCGCUUCUCAGUCUCUACUCAUUUUCGCACUUGACUUUGGUCGCUAAUGAGCCGAUAUUCGCCCAAUUGAGUUUGAUGUUUAUCCAACAACUUAUGUUGGUGGAGGCAUUUGCGGAGAACAUUGUUGAUUCGAAGAUUUUCACCGUGAUACGCGAAAGCAUGAUUUCUCAGCUGCUUCGCGUAGGUGGCGUGUCCGUUGUGAAUGCCUCCCAGUUACAUGGUACGUGGACUAAUGGGAUCUUGCCACUCGUCGUAUUGUGUCUUUCGCAAGGAAAAGCUGUCGGAGAGAGUGUCUUAACUCUCAAAGCAUUUUCGAAGCAAAUCGAGUUUAGUAUCGAAUCUUGGUCAAAUGAUUCCUCGGCUCUUCAGAUCUCUAGCGCAGGUACUUUCGAGACAAUGCAGCUCUUGUACAUUUUUCAGAUUCUUAUGUCGAUAGCAACAGCGCAAGGUCUUGCGACAAGAUCUGCUAAUGAUGUCGAUAUGACGGUAUUGCCGGGGCUCGAUACGCAACAGAAAAGAAAUGACUUUGUUGGUUUUAUUAGUAAUCUUCUCAAGCACCCCAAGUUUUUGAAAUCGCGAGUUUUUCCUAGCUCGCAGGAGGAGAAGGCCUUGAUGCAUGCAGACGGUAGGGAGUAUGAAACUUUUGUCGAAGGUUUGAUUGAAGAUAUCAAAGAAUUGAGAGACUUUUUGAUGUGAUGUGGAAAGGGGUUUUCUCUUUUGCGGCAUCUGUGGUUAAUUUAACACAGCUGAAAACUUGACGUGAAAUACAUGGUUUGAAAUGGAUAUAAUACGUGCAUGCACAAGUACAUAAUUUUAUGCAUUUAAUGACACGACGGCU